AGAAGAAGUGCUGUUCGGCAGUGGUCUUCAGCUGUCGGCGGAGUGAAAACAUCACCAACUUACGGUGAAAAGACGACGUUUAGCCGCCGAAAAACACACAUGGAUUUAUUAACUUUUCCGCCGUUGUUGGGGUGACUUUGGGCUGACGAGGACGGCUGAAAACAAGUGGAACCCUCCUACACUCCCGUCCCUCUCACCUGUCUCCCCUCCUGAUCCUUAUCUCUCAUUGGCUGCUGUUCCACAGAGGGCGGAGCUAAGUAUGGGGUAAGAGACCUGAGAGGCUACACCAAGAAGACACAAGCUGAGGAAGCCCUCUAACCUGCACAGGUGGUGACAGGUGCAGCACACUGUCAUGGCGCUGCUGCGGAGGAGGCUGAAGCUUGUGGUGACGGUGAUGAUGGUCAACCUCUUCAUCUUCAUCCUCAUCUCCAGACACAGCAGCCAAGACAAAAAUGGACGUUCCAAGGUCCAAAUCCCUUCCAAACCCUUUUGGGCCAAACUGGUUCCCAGCACAGCUUACUGUAACCGCCAGCAGCAGAUUCUGGACCUUCAGAACAAUCCCGUCCUGGUGGCUAACAGCACCACAGACAUGCCUGAUUGGCUUAACAACACCAGUUUGACCUCUGACCCCUGCCAGCCUAACAUCAGGGUUACCACUCAGGUGAAAGACUACAACUCUCUACCAAACCGCUUCAAGGACUUCCUGCUUUACAUGCACUGCCGCUCCUACCCGAUCAUGGUGGACCAGCCUGAUAUCUGUAAGGAGCCGCCGUUCCUGCUUCUGGCUGUCAAAUCUCUAGCACCACACUUCGACCGCCGCCAGGCCAUCCGUCAGUCCUGGGGAAGGGCGGGAGUUAUAGCCAAUGAAACAGUAGUUACUAUCUUCCUUCUCGGCAACGCAACAGCUGGGGAUAACCACCCUGAUCUGUCCGAGAUGCUGCACUAUGAGAGCACUCGCCAUAAAGACAUCAUCCAGUGGGAUUACCGCGAUUCAUUCUUCAACUUGACUGUCAAAGAAGUUCUGUUCCUGGAAUGGAUUCAGACUCGCUGCCCCAGCGCUCGCUUCAUCUUCAAAGGCGACGACGACGUCUUUGUCAACACCUACCGCAUCCUGGACUUCCUUAAGGGCCUCUCGGAGCCCAAAGCCAGGGACCUGUUCGUGGGUGACGUGAUCACCAACGCGGGGCCACACCGAGACAAGAAAGUCAAAUACUUCAUCCCAGAGAGCAUGUACAUCGGGACGUACCCUCCAUAUGCAGGAGGAGGCGGGUACCUUUACUCUGGUGACAUCGCUGCUCGCCUGCACAAUGUGUCCCAACAUGUAGCGCUCUACCCGAUAGAUGAUGUCUACACAGGGAUGUGUCUUAGGAAGCUAGGGCUGGCCCCCGAGAAGCACAAAGGCUUCAGGACCUUUAACAUAGAGGAGAAGUACAGGUCAAACCCCUGCGCCUACAAGAGUUUAAUGCUCGUUCACCCGAGAACCCCACAGGAGAUGAUCCAGAUCUGGGCCUGGCUCAGUAGUCCUUCCCUGAACUGCCAGUGACGGCUCUGCAGCAGGCAGUCUGGGACCAACUGCCCUAGAGAAGAGGACAUUUUGAGGUUGUUCCCAAAAUGUCAAAGUGACAAAUAUUUUAUUUUGAACAGGGUUAUGAGUUAAAGUUGGCAGCUUUAAGUUCAGAUAUUAAUGUAAUGGUCAGUUGGAGCCUCUGCUUGGAGGAAUUGAUGCAUUGCACCUCUGAAAAUGAGGAAGGACACGUUGUUCAAAAUGGCCACCAUAGUAUUUUGACUUGAUGUCAGAGUUCCAUAGAACGAGUUAACCCUGCUUUACUGUCGAUUGAGCUUCACCUAAAGUGACCGAGUCUUUCUCUGCGUGCACAUAUUUAUAUCACAACUAUUUAUAUGGCCUUUAUAAUGCUUUAACACUGUGUGUCAGCUCUGUGAUGGAGUGUCUCAAUGCUGUAUUAUAUAAAUAAGGAAACUAAGAAAUGGGAUGUGUCCACCUGGGACUCUCUUUGUUGUGUCCAGGGAAAAAGAAAACAUGUCAGCUAAUUGAAACAUGUACGCUUCAGUGUCUCAACAUUUCAAAAGAAAAUGAGAGCGAACCUCUUGAACUUCACUGUUUUGUUGGUUCCCACAUGCAGCAGUUUAUUGCUGCUAGCUUUAAAAGUGCUUCCUGGUGAACACUUCCUAGUAAUUGUUGCUGGAGGCUUAGUUUGUGCUGCUACUCCUAUCUACACUCCCUAAAGUAUUUACUUGUAACUCUCUUAAACUCAACCAAUUUCUACUCAUAAAGACUUGGAGCAACUCAUGUUUUGUUCACCGUCUGUAUUUGGUCCUUUACAUUCAUUAAUCAUUUACAUACAAACCAUUAUUCAGUCUUGAAAAGGAGUUUGUUUUAACUUCCUCCGUUUCAUUCAAAUCUUUAGGUCUUGCUCUUUAUUUAAUUCAUGAGAGUCUCUGUUUCCUAUCGUUUGUGCUAUGUGUCAUUUUUUAACUGGUAGAUUUGUUAUCUUACAACAAAACUUCAAAUCACUAUAGAGCUUUGAAAUGGGGUGGUUGGUGGAGUGAAUACACACUUUGCUUUCAGGAAAUGGGAGGAACACAAGUCCAGGUCUGCACAGCUCAGCAGGUCUGGGCUUGGUUUUGACAUGGAUGGAGAAAUCCAAAUGCUGUAUGAUUACGCUUCAGGUUCUCACCUUACACAAAGAGAAAAAGCACUCAUGGAAGCCUGAAGUGCAUGUUCAGAGAUCUGUUAUUUCAGGCUGCCUGAGUAGAGCUUCUGUCUAAAGUACUCGCCUAUAACUCACCUCAUGAGUGUGUGUGCAGCUGUCCAGUGCUGUUAAAUGUUGCUUUACGGUGAUGUCAGUGAAUCCGAGUCAAGAAACGCUUUAAAACACAGGUGGAACGUGGUGAAACAUCAUGUCCAAGCUUUCCUUACUUGACAGAUUGGCUCUGCAAUGUUUGCUGAUCUUUACAAAGGCUUCAUUUCACAAUGCUGCACAUCAAUUUUGGGAGAUGAUUUCUUAUUGUCUGAACUUCCUGUUAUGGGACGAUGCAGCCAUGAGAACCUUUAAGAACUUGUGGUAAUUUGUAGCUCCAGAUAUAAUCAGCAAGUUGUUUUACUUUCUUUCCGUUACUUGUUUGAUGGUGAAUGUUUAAAUCGGUGGAUAAUUCAUUUUGGAAUGAAAGCCUUAUUAUUAUUAUUAUUAUUAUUUGAAGGUUAGUGCUCAGCUCACUACUGUAUGGCUUUAGCACAAAUGCUGUGUCUUUCACUCACUCUAUAAGAGAGGUGCAGGACGUAUUUGCUUUGCAUGCUAAUGUUGUUUGAGCUGUACGUGAGACACAGUCACUUGAAACAUGUUGAGAGUCUCAGAGAGUUAGAUGACUACAGAGAGGGAGACGCUCUUUGUUCCUCUCUAACCCUGUUCAGAGAAGCACGUAACAUGAAUGUAUAUCUGUAGCCAGGUUUAGGGUCUAUCCACUUUGAUUCAUUUAACUGAUUUCAGUGGAUUUUUCUUCAGUAUUCACACAGUGUCACAGAAGUCCACACUGAAAAUAUGUUGGUUACAGUAAGAUGUUUAGAUUGACCCUGACCUUGGUUGUUGCACCUCUGACCUGAGAGAAGAAAGGCGAUGCUCCUAUGCCUCUGUUAGAGCUCCCCCUGCUGGUCAGGAAGAUAAACUUCAGCUUGCAAGACUCCACUUCAUACAGACACUGACGACUGCGUAACCCAAAACUGUAGACCUCAUUUAUGCUUUCAUGUUUUAACCAUCAGUUCAUGAUGUCGGCCUUUGCCGCUUCACAUAUUCCAAAUCUCCAGUUAUGGCAACUUCAUGGCAAUGUCACUGCUGUGUGACGUUCAUACAUCCUUUUUCUGAUUGCUUUUAUCCUACAUUGGUGUCAGAUAGUUUGGGGUUUGUCACACAAGACAAACAGACAAUCACAGUGAGGUUCUUAAAGGUUAAGUUUGUACAUUUCUUCUGGGAUGACCGACUCACUGGACACUAUUUUAAUUACCCUCAGACUCCAUCUGUCUCCAUGUAGGAUAAAAUGAACACUUAAAAGAAAGGAGACUAAAUGGGAGACAAGGACCAAACAGAGGUUAUUUCAUCCUUCUGACAUAUUUAAGCAUCACUUGUUCUUUGGGUCAUGUGUCCUCAACACCUUUACUGUGUUUCCCACUACUCACUCACCAAUAAUAGAUUACAUUCUGUUCUCGCUGCACAAAAUUGAAAUGUUUACAUGCUUUAAAAAGUCAUCAUCACUUGUGUUAUGAUUGUUAUUUCUGUCUGAUUACAGCCUGAUUUGUCUGUCUUAAUGUUUUCUAGACGGCUCUUUAUCCUUCACUGCGCAUCAUUUUGUAAUUUUGCUUCACAGCUUCCUUUGAAGGACCUUUUCCUGUUUCUUUUAGACGCACAACUUAGCUGUGUGUUUUGACACUCAGUGUUGCUCUGGUCUGGUGUCAGUAGCCAGGAUGUGUCAUUUUCUGAGCUUCUGUACAUGCUGGUGUUUUCAGGGCAGAACAGUAAGCUAGUUGGUAUAGAAAAACAUCUUCUUAACCAUCAAUAUGCAGUGAAAUGUCACUGUAACACUCGAGCUUCAGGAUUGUAAUACACAGGUCAGUGAACCGGUCAACAUGAUGGGGGAAAAGAUUCCAGUAAAAUUAACAUGACAACCAGAGGGAAAAUAUCCAAUAAAAUCUAAUCAGAGCAAGAAGGAGUUGUCAUGUGACAAAAGCGAGAAAAUUCUCAAAAAAUAGUGAGUCAUUGUGGGAUGAAUCCUCACUUUCAUAAGCCAUUAAAUCAUUUUCUUCACUGUACAUUGCUGCGUUAACCCCGUGUUCACAUGUAUUUCACAAGCCUGUCAUUACUGUGUUAAAACACAUGCACUAGUCAGAGAUGAUUAUCGAAUGUGUGCCUGUUGUUUGUAUGUACUGUAUGUUCAAGAUUAUCUUUCAGCCACAUCAAGCGUGAUCGCUUUUUUAAUACCGAGAUGACUUGAUUAUUUCAAUAAAGUUAUAUUUUGCUGUUUUUGUA